UUUUUCUUAAAACCCACCAAAAGGCAAAUAUGUAAUAAAACCCUUUUUUUUUUGUAUACUCUGAUUACUUCGUCUCUUCUUCCCCUGUAAUGGCGCUUCCACACGUAGUCUCUUCACCUUCUUCAACUUCAUUAUCUCCUUCCUUCAAAUCCAAACCACCCCUUAGAUCUCUAUCACCGACACUUGAUAAUCGCCGGCGUUGUAAGCUUAACAGUUCCUUCCGAUGUUCAUCUUCUUCAUUCUCCGAGAAGCAUCACAACAACGCGAAAUCUCCAAAAUCUGAUGACAUCGUCGAGCUUCCUCUGUUUCCACUACCACUCGUUCUCUUCCCUGGAGCAAUCCUCCCUCUUCAGAUCUUCGAGUUCCGUUACCGUAUCAUGAUGCACACUCUUCUCCAAUCCGAUCUCCGAUUCGGCAUCGUUUACUCUGAUUCAGCCUCCGGCUCCGCCGCAGAAGUCGGAUGCGUCGGCGAAGUUGUGAAACACGAACGUCUUGUCGAUGAUCGAUUCUUCCUAAUCUGCAAAGGUCAAGAACGAUUCCGAGUCACGAAUCUCGUCCGCAAGAAACCUUACCUUGUCGGAGAAGUCACGUGGCUUGAAGAUCGUCCUUCCGGUGAAGAGAAUCUUGAUUCGUUAGCGAAUGAAGUCGAAGUUCUGAUGAAAGAAGUGAUUAGGUUAUCGAAUAGAUUGAAUGGGAAGGCUGAGAAAGAAGUUCAAGAUCUGAGGAGGAAUCAGUUCCCGACGCCGUUCUCGUUCUUCGUCGGAAGUACGUUUGAAGGAGCUCCGAGAGAGCAGCAAGCGUUGCUUGAGCUUGAAGAUACUGCGGCUAGGUUAAAGAGAGAAAGAGAGACGUUGAGGAAUACACUUAAUUAUUUGACUGCUGCUUCUGCUGUUAAAGAUGUGUUUCCUUCGUCGUCUUAGUAUGUGUACAUAGAAUCUGAAUCUCUCUAUGCGUUUGAUAUAUAUUGAGCUUUGUCAGUAAUUGAAUAUACGAAACUUAUGAAAUACUGCAAAGUUAUGAUUGGCUUGUAAAUUAUGGUGAUUUUGGUGGUAUUAUAUUAGUAGAUGUUUUGAGGGUU